CUGCUGCAUCUUGCACCGCUCAUCAUACGUACAGUACCUAUCAGGGCCGGUCCUUGAUAACGAUGAUUUGACAAUCGUUCAGUCGAGACGGCAACAAACACACAACACACUCUCGCUGUUCCUUGAUCGUUUCACAAGAUCGAGGAUCCUCAUAGACAAGCGAUAUUAUAUAAUAAUACACACCCGCGAGGGCCGGUACUAUACAUCUUGCACAAUACAAUUCUAUAAAAUACAUUAUAAUGAAUGAGGACGACGUCCUUAAAGUUUGUUUGUCUGUGUGGGACGAACAGGACCAACUUCCAAAGCUCAUUGCCACUCUCAACGGCAUCGCCGCCCGCAACAUUGACGCCCAAGGAGAGGGAGACAAACAAACCAUUAAUAAACAAGUGAAAUUCAAAGUGGAGAUUGGUGGUACUAGCACGCGAAGCUACUGGAAAAGCAAGGAGGAUUGGGAAAAAGCCAUUGCAAAAGCUUGCAACAAUUGGACUCUCUUAAUUCAAGCUUUGUAUUCGAACCAAGCAAUCCUUCAAAAACCUCUUGUCGUGAGGUUUUCCAGUCCCACGGGUGACCGUCCCUUUGAUGAACCUUGCUCGUCAAAUGCCGAAUUCAAGGUCGUGACCCAGAUUGCGGCUUUCCUUUGUCCGCGUUUGCUUUCCGUGCAAGUGACCAUGGACGAUCAAGUAGCAAAGGAAUCUUUUGUCAAGUCGUUGACUGAAUUUCUACAAAAAUUUGCCCCCAUUUUCAGUUGUUCCUUGACCUUUCGCAGUGCGACGAGUACCACCACUAUCAAUAACAGUACCACCACUUUGCAGGUCGCGGACGAUUUUUUUGCUGCCUUGCUUGGCAUUCAUAAGCUUAAUAUGCAUCUAGCCCUGGACGAGCAUCAGCAAGAGCAAGAUUCCAUGCCACGACAGGCUCCGGUGGCAGUAUCCUUUUGUCAUUAUUUGUCCCAGGCGUGGACCAAUCCAAGUAGCCACCAAAACCGCUGCAGGCUCCGAAGCAUCACCUUGCACGGAAACUACUCUCAUCAGAAUGAUGAGACCGCAGCGGAAGCAGCCAUUCGAGCAUUCUUCCAACUCUUUCAACAGUCCCACAACACCAUGCAUUGGCUUUCUAUGGAAACCGCUGCUCCCUUCGACCACCCCGGAGGAUGCACGAUGAUGCAAGGCUUUUCUUGUCCCUACCGCCAGGACACGGGGCUGUUGUUUUGGCGGAAGGACGACGAGACCAAAGCCGAUUUGACUUUGCACAUUUUUGGGUGGCCCAGCAACCUCAACCAUGGCGUGUGUCCAUUAGAGCUAGCCAUUUGCAAUUCUUUGGAGCAAUUCGGUACGCUGCCUCCUUCCACCCCUGCCGACCCUCCUGCUGUUGGCAAUGUUGUUGGUGGUGCUGCUGCUGCGGCUGCUGCUGCUGCUCCUUCAACUAGUGGUUGUGGCUGCAAAAGGCUGAAGCAUUUGGACGUUUUCUUUGGCCGAACCACAACAUCCAAUGUUCUGGAACGCCUGCUCCGUAAUGCAUUGGGUACCAACAAGGUUCUUCAGCAACAAUUACGAACGUUGAGCUUGGGAAUUUUUUGUCCUUCUUCCUCCCGACUCCAGCAUCUGUAUUCGUAUUUGGUGGAUCUUGUGCCCCAAAUGACAAGCUUGCGGGAGCUCACGGCUCGGCCUAUUUUUGAGGUUUUUCUGACUCCUUUGCCCCUACCAGGUCGCAACGAGGAGGAACAACUAAGACGUUUUCCGACUCAGUUGACGACUAGUCUCCUGGACGGUCUCCGAGCCAAUACCUGUAUCGAAAGGUUUGACUGUUGCGAACACGUACUUCGAGAUAGCAGUCGUCACAGUACGAGUUCCUCGAUAAACGCAGUCUCCAAGAUUCGGCUUAUUUGUCGUCGCAACCAACUCCGCAAACUAAUGGAUGCCAUUAUCAAGGGGGUCAUGGCCACUGCCGACCAAGUACAUCGCCACAACAACAUGGGCGAGACGUCUCCACUUCUUCGUCCCAUUGCUCUAUUACCGCUGGCCAUAAAGGCAGUCCAUGACAACCAUGAAUGUCAAGAGGAGAGUUUCAGUCUGAUUUACAAUACUCUUCGGGUGGUAUUGCCCAACAUUGCAGACGACAAGUUCUAGUACGGUGAAAUCAAGCGAUCUUUGAUUGAUUGACAAUGCUGGAUGGACUGUCCAUCGCGCCACAACACUCUGUGCAAUUCGUAAGAGUCCUCUGGCAGACUCAGUUAGAACAAUGUAAAGGUAGAGCUAGAGACCAUUUGGCCAGCACUACUGGCUUCCGUAGAUAAUUUCCCUACUCUAAACCCCUUCUAUAAAACUUGCCAUGGUG